CCGGAGGACCCCAACACAAUGGAUGCUUGAAAAUCAUACUACCCUCUUGGUGCAUCCAUGCUGUAACAAAUGGAGACCUGGUGAGCCUCCAUUGCUAAAAGGCUGGCUUCCUUACUUUGGACUGGCCCUGAAAUUACAAAAAGAUCCCAUAGGUUUCAUGAGAACUCUUCAAAAUCAACAUGGUGACACGUUCACUCUUCUCCUUGGAGGAAAGUACAUAACAUUUAUUCUGGACCCUUACCAGUACCAGUCAGUGAUGAAAAAUCAGAAAUUAAGCUUUCAAAUGUUUAGUAAGAAUAUAUUAAAGAAAGCAUUUGCCAUCCAAAAGUUGAUGACCGAUGAUGAACUGAACAACGAGCUUCAUGACUGCUACAAACUUUUACAAGGGAAAUCUUUGGACCUACUCAUGGAAAACAUGACGCAGAACCUACAACAAGUUUUUGAACCCAAACUCUUUAAAACCACAAAUUGGGACAUGGCAUACCUGUUGACAUUCUGCAGCUCAGUAAUAUUUGAGACCACAUUUGCAACCAUAUAUGGAAAAUCUGUUGCUGGUGAUAGGAAAGAAUUUAUUACUGAACUUAAAGAUGAUUUUUUUAAAUUUGAUGCCAAAUUCAUAUAUUUACUAUCAGAUAUACCCAUUGAGCUUCUAGGAAAUGCCAAGUCUAUUCAAAAGAAACUUAUAAAACACUUGACAUCAGAAAACUUAGCGAACAUACAAGGAUGGUCAGAAGUUGUUCAAAUGAGGCAAGAUAUCCUGGAGAAAUACUAUACGCUCAAGGACAUUGAAAUAGGAGCACAUCAUUUAGGCUUUCUCUGGGCCUCUGUGGCAAACACUAUUCCAACUAUGUUCUGGACAAUCUAUUACCUUCUACGGCACCCAGAAGCUAUGGCAGUGCUGCGUGACGAAAUUGACCAUUUGCUGCAGUCAACAGGUCAAAAGCAAGGGUCUGGAUUUUCCAUCUACAUCACCAGAGAACAAUUGGACAGCCUGGUCUACCUAGAAAGUGCCAUUCUCGAGGCUUUACGACUGUGCUCAUUUUCGUCCAUCAUUCGUUUUGUUCAAGAGGAUUUGACUCUACCUUCAGAGACCGGGGACUACCUCAUACGAAAGGGAGACCUGGUCGCCAUAUUUCCUCCACUCAUGCACCACGACCCUGAAAUCUUUGAAGCUCCAGAGCAUUGUGUCCAUGAUUCAAAGAUUUCUCGUAUCAGAUUACCAAGUGAUUGAUUGUCUGGCAUCUGACAUAAAAUGAUGAUGCUCUAUCUAAAGAGGCAAAACAGGUAAUAAAACCCAGGUAAUUCAUAUUGCAUUAAUGAUAACUUCUAACAUUAUAUAGUACUUACUAUACUUAAUAAGCAAAUAGAUUUUCUAGCAUUUAUUUUCUCCUUCCUGAAAUACAUGCUGAAGGUCCUCUAGUCUAAUCUCUGCUUUUGCUUGGUUGAAGAUGUUUUUGUUUUUCCCUCAUUCUAGAAACAUGAUUUUACUACAUGCACACAUCUAGGUGAGAAUCAUUUCCUUGCAAUACUUUGAAGAUAUUGCAUGUUCCUAAGGCUUCCAUUUUUUUCAAGAGGUUAUAGCCUUUAGUCAGUUUAAUUAUCCAGUAGAAGUCUGCCCUUUCUCUCUGACAGCUUUAACAUGUUCUCUUUGUCUUCAAUGUUUGUAGUUUCUAUUUAUCAUGCUUGUGAUUCUUGAGACUGAGAAUGUGUGUCUUUCAUCAAGAAUGAGAUAGUCUCAGCCAUUAUCUCUUUGAAUAUUACUCUUUCCAGCUCUCCAUUAGAUUCUCUCACUCUAUACUCAAUGUUGUUUGACCUUUUCUCCCAUAUUUUAUAUUUCUUAUUUACAUACUAGGUAAUUUCUUUAGAUCUUCUAGCUUUUUCUGUGUACAAUAUAUAGAAUCUGCUCUUUAACACAUCUGUUGAGUUUAUUUCUUCCUUCUUUUUACUUUAACCUCAGGUUUAUAGGAUUGAAUAAUCAUAGUCCUUAUACCCAUUAGUUCAUGGUGCAUAAUUAUAAUUAGUCCAAGCAAGGCUCCUCUGGCUUUAUUUACUUAUUAUAUUUUAUCCCUAACCUCCACCAUCAUACCCUUCCCGUCAGAGGCCAAUAUCUAAAGUGUUUAAUGUUUAUCUUUUUAUAGCACAUAUAUUAUUAUUUUGGGUGAAUGUUUUUGAUUUACACAAAUGUAUUUUCUAUAAACCAGAUCCUUCUUAAUUCAAUAUUCCAUAAUGUGUAUCCAUCAUGUUUUAAUGAUCUAUUUACCCAGGAAACUGUUGGUAAACUCUACUUCUGUUACUUUGAAGUAGAGGCCAAAGCCCAAUCUUAAACUACCCUCACUUUUCUUACCAUUGCUAUGCCCAGCCACCUUCCACCCUGAGUUACUGCAAAUCCUGUCCUCAACCUCCAUAGCGUGUGCGCACAUACACGCAACUCAAGCCCUGGGCUUUAUCUCCUGCCUGCCACAAAGCAUGGCCCAUUCAUUUUGUACUAAGACAGCUAGUCCACCAUAUUACCUGACAUGGAAACCUUCAGAUUCUUAAAUUCAUCUUAAUAGUAUACUUCUGUGAUGUUACAGCAGAGAAAAUGCAGAAAAUUAUUCCAUUUUAAUUUAUGUGCAGGGAUUUAGAAUAGAAAAUAAGAAUACAUUAAAUGAAAAAAAGAAUAAAUUAAAUGGCUGAGGAAAUAUUAUGCAAAAUCAAUGGACAGGAGAACCAAAACAAGAGAGUCCUAUGACGGGCUUAAAUCUAGUAAUUAAAUAGCAUUUAUGAAUAGAAAAAAAUGCCAUGGUGAAAUAAGUUAAAAGACAUGGAUUCAAGCUGUGACAUAACUGGUUUGUUAUGAUCAACAAGUCACUUUGCUUCUCCAUGUUUCAUUUCCUUAUUUUCAAAAUAAAAAUAAUAAGGCCUUUCGACAUCAGGGUUCAUUGUGAGGAUUAAAUACAGUAGGAAGGUGUGUAAACAUAUUUUGAAAAGUGAAAUGCAAUAUACAAAUGUAAACUUGUAAAGGAGAUACUUUAACAAUGUUGUGCCUUUUAAAAACUACUUGUAUGUAUUUGUAAAAGGGAAUAAGUUUUGUCAUUAGUUAACGCAUUAUUCAUUUAUUUGAUCAAACAUUCAUUGAGCAUUUCCUCUGUUCUAGAUAUGAUGUGAUGCCCUAGGUUACCUUUCCUCAAGAACAUACAAUAUAUUAGGGAAAGCAAUGUACUCACAACUAAUUUAUUGUAAAUGUAGUUGUAAAUAAUAAAUUCAUCUUUUUAAAAACUAUUCUAAAAUUCUGUUUUAUCACUUGCUCUAACCAAUCUUCCAUCAUUAAUUCCACAGUAAUGUUUUAUAGUGAGAAAUUACUCUGUACGUAAUCACACACAUUAAAACAUACAUAUCAGUUAUUAAGAUUGUAUGGCAAAAAUAACCAAAACCAAACACAGUCAUUGAGGCUUCAGAAUUUUUUCAAACUGUAUUUUACAUAUUAGAAAAAAAACCAUAUUUUCAUUUGUAAGUCUCCCCUAAGUUUCAAAUGAAAGGAAACAAAUAAGUAAAGAUGUUGAUUUGUAUCAAUGACCACCAGUAGUGAUGCACUCAGCAAAAACUAAAUGCUCUGAAGGUAUUAAGAUGAAAACUAUUUAUCGCUAAAUAAGGCAUGCCAUAAGCAACCCACAUGGGAACUUUUAUCUGCCUUGUUUUGGUUUUUCUGACUGACUUCAUUAUAUCUUCUCCAUUUCAUCAUUAAGUUUUGGGUCACGAGUCUAAGGCAACAGAGCUUCCCAACUCAAAAUCUACAUGAUUACUUCUGCUUAUUUUCUCAUAAAAAAUCAUUUGGGCACCUUUUCCUAUACCCAUCUCCUAAUGUAACAGUGGAAUAUUAAAACCAUUUUCCAAGAUUAAAGCUAAAAAUUAUCUAGGUUUUGAUCUUAGUGUAAAAUAAUGUCAAUAAUUAUAAAAUAAGAAUUACAUGCCAGUAAAAUGUGCACUGUUUUAAUCUAUUAAAUUCGCCAUUGUUGCAAACGAUUAUUUACUUGAACUGCAUUAUUAGGUUUUCAUAUUCGCAUUCUCAAUUAAGAAAAAGUAAGCAAGCCAAGAUUACAUUCCCUGUAGCAUUAUUUUAAAUUAUAAUGAGCGAUUACAUAAAACUCUCUGGUAUUUCUCUAAAGCAAUUAUUACUUAUUCUACUUCAUAGUGUUCAUCUAAAUCAAUGAUCAUUGAUGUUUGAACUUUUUAGCUUUAAGUGUUUAUUCUAUUUAUAAUACCUUCUUGAGUAAGAUAAAUUUAAUUCAUGAAAAGCUCUACUACAUAAUUUUAAAUAGGAGAUAAUUUGGCAAUACUUAUAUUUAAAAAUAUAUUUUUAGGCAGAGGAAUGCUGUAUAUUAAAAAAACUGUUGUCCCGAAUCAUUUGUUUAAUAUUAUCUUUUGAUUUUAAAAUGGUACAUAUGUGGAUUUAUGAGAAAGCGUACUAUCUUAAGAUUGUAGGUAAGAAAAAUGCUUUACAACAGGAAUUCAAUAAAUCAAUUUUUAAAGCACA